AUGUCCAGUUUCACAGAGAAACAACAGGUGCCAAAUUUCGAGGAGAAAGGUGCCGACUCUACUACUGAGAGUCAAGAUGACCAACAAGCCGCUGGUGUUUUCAUUGAAAACACUGACCAACUGAAACGACACCUAGGGAACCGCCAGAUCCAGUUGAUCGCCAUUGGUGGCUCCAUUGGAACAGCUACCUUCGUGAGCAUCACGUCCGGUCUAAUCAAGGGUGGCCCCGGCAGCUUGUUUCUGGCAUACACCAUAUAUUCUUGCAUGAUGGGCCUAGUCAACAAUUCCAUGGCCGAAAUGGCUGUCUUCAUGCCCGUCACUGGUGCUUUCAUUCGUAUGGCAGGCCACUGGGUCGACGAAGCUUUCGGUUUCUGGGCUGGUUGGAACUUCUUCAUUUACGAGGCUCUCCUCAUUCCAUUUGAGAUCUCGGCCCUGAACCUGGUCUUGACAUUCUGGCGGGAUGACAUUCCCGUCGAGGCAGUAGUAGCUGCCUGUAUUGUCAUCUACUUUGUCCUCAAUGCUUUCACGGUCAAGUGGUAUGGUGAAGCAGAGUUUUGGCUUGCAACUGGAAAAGUGCUGCUCAUUCUCAUUGUCUUCAUGUUCACAUUCAUCACCAUGGUCGGUGGCAAUCCUAAGCACGAUGCUUAUGGUUUCCGCUAUUGGAAUAACCCCGGUUCGUUUGCCGAAUAUAUCUCAACGGGCCUUUUGGGUCGCUUUGAAGGCUUCCUAGGGGCUGUAUGGAGUGCCUCAUUCACCGUCGUCGGCCCUGAAUACAUGUCGAUGGUAGCAGGAGAAACCAAGCUGCCUCGACGCUACCUUAAGACCGCCUUCAAGACCACCUAUGCUCGAUUUGCCUUCUUCUUCAUUGGCAGUGCUCUAUGUGUGGGCAUUGUCAUUCCAUACAACGACAAGACACUGCUGGAUAUUCUCAGCGGCUCUUCAGGUGGCUCCGGAACGGCAGCCGCUUCUCCAUAUGUCAUUGCUAUGAACAAUCUGGGCAUUACCGUGCUGCCUCACAUCACCAAUGCUUUGUUGGUGACGAGUAUUUUCUCCGCAGGUAAUGCCUACACAUAUUACGGCACUCGCAGUCUCUAUGGCUUGGCUAUCCAGGGCCAGGCACCCAAAGUCCUCCGACGCUGCACGAAAGCCGGUGUCCCCAUCUAUUGCCUCUGCGUUGUCAUUGUCUUCCCCUUCCUUGCCUUCUUGAACGUUUCCAGUGGGUCUGCCCAGGUUCUCACCUGGCUCACCAACAUCAUCACCGCCGCCCAGGUCAUCGAUUACAUUAUCAUCUGCGUGACUUAUCUCUUCUUCUAUCGUGCCCUCCGCGCCCAAGGCAUGGACCGACGUACGCUUCCAUACUAUGGCUACUUCCAGCCCUACUCCGCCUGGAUUGGCCUGAUUUGGAUGACUUUUGUCGUAUGCUGCUACGGCUAUUCUACUUUCCUUCCAGGAAAAUUCACCGUGGGUGGCUUCUUCACUUAUUAUACCAUGGUUCUAGCCGCCCCGGUCCUGUUUUUCGGAUGGAAGAUAAUCAAGCGCACCAAGUUCAUCAAGGCGCACGAAGCUGACUUGGUCUGGGACCGACCGGUCAUUGAUGCGUAUGAGGCGACUUUCACUGAGUACAGCCCAGGCUUCUGGACAGAGAUUCUGCAGAUGUUUGGACUGCGGAGAAAGAAGCAUAUUUCUCGCGAGACCUGA